AUGACCACUCAAAUGCCCAAUCCUCUCGAAGCCCCUGCACGUGUGCUGGAGCUCUUGGACCGUUUACACAAGGAAUCCGAGUCACAAGAACAUGUGUUUGAUAUUACGAAAUAUAGCGCAGACGGCCUCCAUGAUGUAGCCAAGGACAAGUUCAUUGCUCUGGACCAAGAUAAAUGCCAGUUUGUCUACCAGAUCUGCAGGGCAAUCAAUGCGAAGAACGUCCUCGAGGCCGGCACCAGCUUCGGCGUAAGCACUAUGUACCUGGGUUUGGCGGUGACCAGGAACAUCGAGGCCACAGGAGGAACAGGGACCGUCAUUGGUACAGAGCACGAGCCCACCAAGGCACAAAGGGCUCGAGGGUAUUGGGCAGAGGCUGGCGAAGCAGUCUCGCGACAUAUCGACCUGAGGAUCGGGGACCUUCGUGAGACGUUGAAGUUCAAUCUGCCUCAGAUAGAUUUGGUUCUCAUUGACAUUUGGGCCCCAAUGACCCUUCCCGCGCUGAAGAUUGUUCUGCCAAAGCUGCGAUACGGCGCUGUCGUUAUCGUCGACAACACCAUUGGAUCUGCCGUCAGGUACAAGGAACUGCUCGACUUCAUGCGAGCCCCAAAUAGUGGUUUCGCCAAUCUGACGCUACCAUAUGCCAAAGGACUAGAAAUGAGUCUCUAUGUCCCCUCUCAGAUAUAG